UGUCCAGUUUUUUUUUUUUCGGGGCAAGCAUCCACAUGAAUUUGAUGAUUGAAUCCAUAUUUAUUUUGUGAUGUUUGAAAUAUAUUUCUGACAAAUCUGACUUUGCAGUUUCUAAUCAAAAUGUAGCAUUAGCUCGGAUCGGGUCCAAAUAUGAACAACCACACAGCCAAUCAGUCUCAGCGCCUGAUGUGGGAGCGGAGAGUGCGAGUAUAAAUAAAAACUCCGCGAGCAUCUCUCUAUGUUCAGCAUUCACACUCGUUGAAAAAGUAAAGACAUAAUCACAAUGGUGGAGUGGUCAGAUUCUGAGCGCAGUACUAUUGCGAGUGUCUGGGGCAAAAUCAACGUCGAUGAAAUCGGACCCCAGGCUCUGGCAAGGGUGCUGAUUGUUUAUCCCUUGACUCAAAGGUAUUUGGGUGCCUUUGGAAACCUUUCCAGUGCAGCUGCAAUCCUGGGCAAUCCCAAGGUUUCAGAGCAUGGCAGAACAGUGCUAAAUGCGUUGGACAAAGCCGUGAAGAACUUGGAUAACAUCAAAGGCACUUACUCUUAACUCAGCCAGCUGCACUGCGACAAACUCAACGUCGGUCCAGAUAACUUCAGGGUACAUGCUACUUCUUUAUUUUCUAAGUUUGAGCUUGUUAAUGGGGAUAUCACAACACCUCCGUAAUACAGUUAUGACUUGCCUAACAAAUGCACGUUCAGGGUCGUGCAGAGACCUUUGGAGGGGUGGGUGCUCAAAGUAUAAAAGGGGCAUAUGGAAUACGGCUUGAAAUAGCGCUGUGCUCCUUGCUGAUCCGUGUAUCGAAACGGAUGCUUCUGUAGCAGCAAAUGCCGUGAAUAAGUU